UUUCCUCAGGUAGAGGCUGAACAUGAGGAAGAUGAGAGAUCUGAGGAGUCUGAAGAAGAAUCUGAUGGAGAGACAGAAAAGAGGAAAGGUACAGAAGGUAUCAUUGAGAUUGAGAACCCUAAUUUGGUCAAACCAAAGAAUGUGAAAGCUAAAAAUGUUGAUAUUGAAAAAACAACUGAGCUUUCAAGACGUGAGAGAGAAGAGAUAGAGAAACAGCAAGCUCAUGAAAGGUACAUGAGGCUGCAAGAACAAGGGAAAACAGAGCAAGCAAGGAAAGAUUUAGAUCGGUUGGCUCUCAUACGACAACAGAGAGCAGAAGCUGCAAAAAAGCGAGAGGAAGAGAAAGCUGCCAAAGAGCAGAAGAAGCUGGAAGCCCGCAAGUAACGAUACCAAUCAACUAUUCCUCAAAUACAAAAUAGUUCCCUACCACAAGUUCCUCAAUAUCAAGGCAUAUUACUGUUUGUUUUUCCUGACACUAUUGUCUUGUUUAAAAAGUAAAGAGUUAAGUAUUACAAUUGAAGCACGAAUUUUAGGGCUCUGAAUCUGUAUACAAAUAGUUCAGACUGGCCUUAACAUGAAGAAUAUGGAUAAGAUUUAAUGCUUUUUUGCUGGAAAAAGUUGGUUGAACUAAUCAGUGUUUUGUACCCAAGACCUCUUUUUACCUGUUUCUAGUUCCUAUUAAUGUCCAAAAGGAACACCUAAGGGAGAUGCUCUUA